UUCCAAAUGGUCUCUGAGAAUCUUGUCCACUGCUUUAUCAAAAAGACUCCCAUUCACACUAUAAGAUGCCAAAUUUCCACAAAACUCUCUCGCAAGAAGACUCUGAAGAUCAUAGUUUUUCUUCGUUUUUUUGGUUUUGUAGUCUUUCAAUGACUAGUUGUCUUAAACUUGAAGUUCAAGUAGAAGAUCAAACUCCUCACAAAUGGUGUAUUUCAUUAUCCGAAGAAGAAUUCAAGAGGCUACUCUCCCAGGGAAAUCCAACAGUGCAUAAGGUAUUUGGGGAAGGAUCAUUGUUUAGUCCACUUUUGUUUGGAAAAUUCUUUGAUCCAUCAGAUGCUUUUCCUCUGUGGGACUUUGAAUCAGAUAGCUUGUUAUCAAAUCUAAGGAACUCAGGCAAGAGCUCGGUUGAUUGGUUUCAGACAAACCAGGCUUACGUUCUCAAAGCAGAACUACCAGGAAUUGGGAAAACGAAUAAUAUACCAAUCCAUGUCGAAAAGGGGAAAAUUGUUGAAAUUUUUGGUCAACUAAAGCUGCUGCAAAGGGAAUCUCAGAAAAAAGAUUGGAGAAGCUGCAAUUGGUGGGAAUAUGGAUAUGUAAGGAGGCUUGAACUACCAGAAUAUGCAGAUUGCAGAAGAAUAGAGACAUACCUAAGUAACGAUGUGGUUCUCGAGAUCCGAAUUCCUCGAAAGCCUUUGCAUAUUGAUACCUCUGCUGAUGGAGUUGGCAAAAAAUCUGAAUGAAUGUGAAACAAAUUGUCGCAGAAAAAUGCUAAGAACAUGAUAACCUGGACAUGAUGAAAACCUUUCAUAUGGUAUUAAAACAUGAGAUAGACCCUGCAA